AUGAAGACCCGAUCUCGCGCCCCCGUGGAGUCUUCUGAGACUGAGGAACACGGGCAGAAGGCGCUGGAGACCGCGCACACGCCCAGUCGGACCUUUAUCCUACCUUCGAGAACGAGUGAUGCAACCAGAUUUGUUUCGCUGCCGAACCCCAGUACGGGGUCCUUGAAUCGCUAUCUGUUCUGUCCAGAAGCCGGAUUGUACGAGUUUACGGCUGUCGCUCCAGCUCCACAUCAGCCUAGGAGUAUACUGUUUACGCCGAAAGCGGAUGAGAUAUCGGUCGAGAAUGAAGGACAGAAACAGCCCUCGAAAGGCGCUAUUUCAAAGAAAGCUGAGCUGCUGAUUGCGACGCCGAUCGAUAUCAUGUUUUUCAUGUUACCAAUACUUGCACCGGCUGCAUCCAACAACUCUGCGAAGAAGUUGUUUCAACCUCUCGAUGACAUUCUCGAUAUGCAAGAGGGCCUCUCACCACACCUUCGCCAUGUUCUCUACAACGAGUCGUUUAGGCCUACUUUGGAGCGGCGGAUGGAGGCUAUCUGUGACACUGUGGAAGCCGGUGAUGAGAAGAUGUAUCGAUUCAGCGAGGCAAAGCUUGUCAAGGAGCUGCUCGCUAAGGCAGAGCGCAUGGUAUCGCAAGGGCUCCCAGCGACCCUGGAAGAGCGCUUUGUCCGUCAGGAGUUGGAGGUCCCCCUUCAGAGCGUCAAGAGGGAGGACAUAGUAACCGACGAGAAUACCGGUUCCGUCGAGGAGAGUCGAGAGACUGAGUCUCCCGACCAGUCAGAAACUCAGUCAAGUGCUGCUGCUACUGCUGCUUCGGCCUCGACUCCCUCUGGUGUGUCUACACCCGCUACGCAGCCUUCCAUGGACGAUGCAUUGACAUCGGGUGGAAUUAAACGGUUACUUCGGAUCCGUGUUGCUCUAUCCUUCAUGCAGUCCUCAUAUCUACCCGCGCAUCUUUCCGCAAGUGUCGAUGAGGCUUUAAGUUCUCCAGAAAGCCCUGUGGACUUCAAACCACUCGAGGAACGUUUGAAGCACAUUGCUGAGCUCCGGGCCGAGGCGCUCGCAUCCCGCUCAGCCGCUGAUUACACUCGCAAACGGGCGGCUGAAGAUGAGGAUGCGCGAGAGUCCCGCGCUGAGAAGAAGCGCCGGAAGGAGGAAGAAGAGAAGAAAAAGAAAGCGGGGGAGUCCCGUGGCGUCCGGGAGCUGAAAAAGGUCGAUACCAGCGGGAUGAAGAAGAUGAGCGACUUCUUCAGCAAGGUUACCCCAAAGAAGGAGUCCUGA